GCCAUGAAUCUCCAUUCAGUCUAUCAAAGCGUCCCGCUGCUGCCUCUCAACCGAAUGGGAUCCCAUGUAGGCAGAUAGAUAAGAACUAAACUUUAGCAAGUUUUAUAUAUUUUUUUUUUCUCUCGUUCUGUAUUUUUUCCCACCGCGAUUAAAAUAUAUUUGUCAUCAUCAUCAUUAUUAUUAUUAUUUUGCCUGCUGUCAAGUUAUUCUAAAAAAGAAAAUUAGGAGUAAUGAGCGUGGAUGCGUUGGGAAGCCCCGUGAUGGACCCUGCGUUUUCCAAACGGAGCACGGCACUGAGAUUAGUUGACUUGGCAGGGGCUCACCACCAUCACCAUCAUCAUCACCACCAUACCCCUCAGAGCGUGACAGGCUUCCCGGGGUUUGGCGGGCACGCGCACUCAAUGGCUCACGCGCACCCUGGGGAGAUCACGGCGGAACCCCGCCUGGGGCCGAGUCCAUUCGGGCCAGAACCCAUGGGGCACUCGGCGGCCCUCAAAAUCAGCCCAGCCCAUCAUUAUCCCCACCACCACCACCACCACCACCAUCACAAUCAUCAUAUCGCAGGCCACGGUGAAGUGGUCUCCAGUCCAACGGGAGCUUUCGGCCCGGUGCAGGCUGCGGCGACGGUCCCGUACUCCAUGUCUCACGCGGCCCAGGCGCUAUCCGCAGGUAGGGAUUUCCUUAUUCGCCGAGAUCUGACAGCUCAAGGCGCCAUGCCCGCGCUGACCGAGCAGACCUCUGGUUCCGCCUCUCACCACGGAAUGUUUGUCUCGACCACAGGUAGCUACCCGGGACACUAUGGCCACCUUCACCCUGACGCCGGAGCGCAUGCUCUCUUCCCUGGACUCCAUCAUGAGCAGCCGUCCAACGGAGCACCGGGUGGCCAAGCCUCGAACGGACAAAUAAGGCUAGGCUUACCGGGCGACAUGUACGUCAGGACCGAUCACUUGAGUCAAGUGGCGAGCAGCAGAUCGGAUCCGUUUGCAACAUCUUCGCCUCUCCACGGUCUCAAUCUGAACAUGAACCUCAGCACUCACCACCACCAUCACGGACACGGUGCCUUUUUCCGUUACAUGAGGCAACCGAUCAAGCAAGAGCUCAUCUGCAAGUGGCUGGAGCCAGAAAACUCGGCCAAGAAACUCUGCUCCAAAACUUACAGCACCAUGCACGAACUGGUGACGCAUGUGACCGUGGAGCACGUCGGCGGACCCGAGCAGGCGAAUCACGUCUGCUUUUGGGAAGAGUGUCCGCGAGAAGGGAAACCAUUUAAAGCCAAAUAUAAGCUCGUGAACCAUAUCAGAGUGCACACGGGAGAGAAACCGUUUCCGUGUCCGUUCCCUGGCUGUGGUAAAGUGUUUGCCCGAUCAGAAAACCUGAAAAUCCACAAGAGGACGCACACAGGCGAAAAGCCAUUCAAGUGCGAGUUUGAUGGCUGUGAUCGACGCUUCGCCAACAGCAGCGACCGGAAGAAGCACUCGCACGUGCACACCAGCGACAAGCCGUACAACUGCAAAGUGCGAGGCUGCGACAAGUCCUACACACACCCGAGCUCCCUGCGCAAACACAUGAAGGUGCACUGCAAGUCGCCUCCUCCUCCGAGCUCGGGCUACGAGUCCUCCACCCCGUCUCUCGUGUCUCCGUCGUCUGAUUUGGGCCGAGACACUCUAUCGGGUUCGCAGGCCGCCAAUCUGAGCGAGUGGUACGUGUGUCACAGCUCGGGCCCCGGCGGCACACACACCCCGCCGAGCGCAUCCUCCACCCCGGACCCUUCAGAGGGUCCACCGUAUCAGAACUCCUGAAAAAACAUGCAUUUUAACCGCGUGCUCGUGGCUACUUUUGUGAGAGUGCCCCGGGCCAUGUGAGAGUCAGAAAAGCAGUGUUCAAUGGCCCCAAUGCACUGGCUCGCUGACAGAUACAUGUCACAGCCAAACCACAAAACUGAGGUGGCCAACUUGUCUCCCACGUGGACUGAAUAUGAACUAUUAUCACCACCAGUGUCCAUUUUAUUGUAAUGGUGUACUGACCAGUCGCGCACAGCAAACAGCGCCAGUGUUGUGUUCACACCUAGAGUGUUUAUAUUUGAAUGCUGUAGAAGUUACUGUAAGAUUUAAUUUUACACUACAGGUGUUAAUCCAACACCAGGGAUUGGCUGUGUAUGCAUAAAGAUGUAUUAUUUUAUCAGAUUGUGAUUUUUUUUUCCUUUUUGUCUUCAAUAAGCUCUUAAUUUAUUUUUUGAAUCAGUGCUGAAUUUUUUCCUUCUUCUUUUUAUUGUAUUAUGGAACCAAAGUGCUUCAAUAUAAAAAUGUACAUAUGUAAAUUACAACGUUUUAAUGUGUGUCUACAUUAAUUUUGUAAGGUUCAGUAUUUCAGCUAUUUUUAAAUGUUUGCUACUAUUGUUUGUAAAAAAAAUCUAUAUAAUAAUAAUAAUAUUUGGUAUUAUUUGAAUAAUUCGAAUUUCAUAAAGACGUAGACAAUAUUCUCUUGUGUUUUAUGCAGCUGAUACAAUUUGAUGGAAGCAUUGUUAUUGUAUUUGAUAUAACAUUUCAUUUACUAUUAUCCUCUGAGCAAUGUGAGCAUUUUUUUUUUUUUUGGUGAUUUUUGUAAACCUCGUCAACAACCCAUUUUUAUGAAAACACGAGACCUUAAAAUGUGUACCGAAAUGCCUUGUAAGUUGUCAGUAAUUUGAAUAAAAUGUGUAAAAUAAUAUGCAAAAAUAAAAACGAGUAGCUAUAUUCCAGCUGCAAGGGAAAUUAAAUUGUAAUAGUGUGUUCAACAAGGACCAGAUUCAUCAAGCCAGCUUUGUGUAAGAAAUGGAAAAAAUAAGUAAAUAAAUAAGUAAGUAAAUAAGAAAAUAAGAAAAUAAAUAAAUAAAUAAAUAAAUCGUGAUGCAAUCUUAAUUUUACGUGCUUAAGAAGAUUUCUAAGUCAGGUGUUUUAAGUCAGACAACCAACCAACUAAUCAAAUAAAUAAAAAAAUGAAUAAAAAAUAUAAAUAAAAAUCCAUAAACAAACAAAUAAAAAAUAAAUCAGCAAACAAGCAAGCAAGCAAGCAAAUAAAUAAAUAAAUAAAUAAAUAAAUAAAUAAAUAAAUAAACCAGUCAAU